AUGGAAAUCAAGGUUGUAAUGGUGGGAUUGUUGACUAUGCUUUCAAAUACAUCAUUGCUCAAGGAAUCACCUCAGAAGCAAACUAUGCUUACACAGCAGUCCAAGCCACUUGCAACAAGGCAAAAGCUUCCCAAGUCAGCGCUACCAUUAGCAAGUACACCGACGUCGCAUCAGACAAUGUUUCUCAAUUACAAGCAGCAGUUGCUCAACAGCCAGGCUCACUGCCAAAACUAA